CUCACACUUUUCUGGGUCUGAUUUAAACUUCCAACCUCAGUGCACAUCGCGGUGGUUAAAUUUUGAAGAUGAUGUCUCCCAUCUGGUCUCUUUUGAUCCUUUGUCAAUUUCUACUUUAUACAACUGUGUCAUCCAAAAAAGUAUGCGGUCGCCCUCUUUUAACCGAUGGCAUUGAUGAGACUGCCCUAAAGCGGGUGUAUGAAGUGGGUGAAGAGGUGACGCUCUCAUGUGAACAGGGAUACCUCCCAUCAACCCCCAGUCCACAGAGAAUCACCUGCACCGGCACUGGGGAGUGGACACCCUCGAACCUGGCCUGUUCUCCUAAAAUGUGCCCAAUCCCGAAACCUUUGCAACCUUUGGCAAUGGGCCGGACUGAAGCCCCUUUCAAGAGCAUUCUCAACUUCACCUGUGACGAUGGGUAUGUUAUGAUGGGAUUCAAUAGUAGCAGUUGUUUGCAUGACGGUACUUGGAGCAACCCCCCACCAAUGUGCAAAGCUGUUAGUUGCCCAUUGCCAAGGCCACCUGCAGAGGGCAGAAUUGUGCAUGACAAGAAGCCAUUUACUGGUACUAAUACAAUAUACGGUCAAGGUUGGACAUAUGAGUGUAACCCACCUAAAGCACCAAGUUAUGAGAGAGGGUCUUGUAAGGCAGACGGAACAGUUCCAGAGCCACCUACUUGUCGAGAGGUGAGCUGCCCUGUUCCUGAUGGUAUCCCAAAUGGGAUUAUCACUUUUGCUGUUAUGAAGCAGCAUCGCUACAAGGAAACCAUUAGAUAUGCCUGUAAUGAUCAUUACCUUAUGGAGGGUGACCCUGAAAUACACUGCACAAAUACUGGGAACUGGUCUACAAAGCCAAUCUGCAAAGCACCCUGUCAAGUUGGCAUCAAGAGAGGCCGUAUCUUCUACAAUGCAAAAAAGAUGUGGAUUGAAGAUUUUAAACCAAAUAGAGUCCUUCAUAAAGAAGUGGUUGUGUUUUACUGUAAAAACAAGGCAGAAAAGUGUGGCUAUCCAGUAGCUAGUGUCUGCAAUGACGGAGUCCUCCCUCUCCCAGAAUGCUUUGAGGAACCAGGUAAAAUUGAGUACAACAUCAGGGCUAAAACUCUUCCUUCGGAAAUCAGAACAUGUGCAACGUCUCCUCCGGCUACAAGCACAACAAGACCUGCAUAACAAGAAGAAAUAGAGAUUGGAUUUACAAUAUAUCUCAUGAUCGAUUAAUAUAAGAUAAUUAAUGAG